UUCACCUUUGAGCAGGGGCGGACUGACCAUUUAGAAACUCGGGCACUGCCCGAGGGCCCGGGGUCAGUAGGGGGCCCCAUGAGAUGCCCCUGGUACCUUUUUCAUAGGCUUUUCUGAGUUUGGGCAAGGACACAGGGGCCCCAUGAUCCCCUAUUGCCCGGGGGCCCCAUGAGUUGUCAGUCCACCUCUGCCUUUGAGACACAGAAAGGAGCUCUGUGAUGCUUUUGUGCAGUUGCAGUGUUCAGCACAACGCACUAGCAUACUAGUACAGUGUCAGCAGGUGCAU